GUAGAAAAGAAAGAAAUUUUAUUGGCAACCACCUCCCGUCCUCACGCAUAUAACUCUCAACUGCAUCGAUUCCAUCCGAAACUGCUUGCAACUAUCAGUUUCUCUCUCCCUAACGCAGGGCGAACAAGCGCAGUAUUAGGGACUUGAAGUCGUGACCCAGUAUUCAACUACUCCGAUUCUCAUCCUGGUGAUGUUUCUCGGGCUAUAAUCCGAAGGCUGAGAGAACGUGUACUGGAGAGGCAGAGGGGAUGGCUGCUUAUCCGGCUCUCCCUCGUGUCCACAGAUCUUUCGCCAUCAGUUUGAUGAUUCUCAUCCAACAAAAUUUCCGUUUCGACUCAUUGCUUUGUUCUAGUAUUGCGCUUAUAAUGCGCUCUUCCAACCGAGUGUUGAUUACAGUGAUUUUGUGUUCAUUGUUUACCAUAGGACAGCGGCGUCCCAUCCUUUCCUGUCCUUUUGAGGCUGACUUACGAUGCCUCUGUCGCAACUGCUACCUUCGAGUCGUUCCUCUGACCUCCAUCUGUCCAAAUCCAAACAAGAUUGUGCUUGAGUCACCCAACCCAUCCACAGGUAAAGACUGUAGGGAUUCGUCUCCUCAGCUCGAGGAUGCAGGGGAAAAUCGAGAUGAACAUACAUCACAAUGCGGAUUUUCUUUUCGUUCAGGUCAUUUUUUGACUUUCUCUGGGGCUUCUUUCCUGAACGACUUUGUUGAGAACGGGAAUGGCUAACCGGAUUUGGGAGCUCGCUUGACUGGAUCGUCUGGGUUUGGUAGCUGCCUUGUUAUUCUUCGGCAGCGAAUCAUGCGAAAGGCACCACCAACUUAAGCAGUACAUAACACGCUGACUUCUCCAAAUGUCGUACUAGCCUCUCUAUGUCGCCUACCACUUCAUAA